CCCCAGGGUGAGCAAACACACGAGCGGGUGGGUGCCGGAGACAAUUUCAUGCCUGAGAGCACAUUCCGAUCUGUUCAAAUCCGAGGCUCACCGGCACAAGCCACGCUGCAGAUACGGGUGGAAGAUAAAUUAUUGGAGGUAAUUCUUAGAUGAAAUCCCCAAAAUACACAAUACAACGGCAGCCGCCUGCAAACUGACACGGACCUGUCGGGGGGGAGGGGUGUGUGUAAGAGAAAUACAAACUAGAAAAUAUCUAACAGGGACGCGAGGGAGAAGCGUUUUCUGAGUAAUAUAGGUUAGAGGGAAGAGAUUAAAUAGCUCCUCUUUUCAUCCUGCAUAGGGUAUACAGUUUUCAACAACACGAGAGGGCGUCGAAUCUGAGGUUGAAGUCAGAUCCAGCCCGCUUCCACAAUGUGAUCUUUUACAACAAGAAAAAACAAACAAACAGACAACGCAGAUCCCUUAUUUUUUGUUGAAUGGCUUCAACAAAAAAUCGGAAGGCAGGACUGCCUGGCUCAAACGAGAAAGCAACAGCAGAAGACAUCCAGUAGGAAGAAACAAAAAAAAACUCCGGGUAGAAAAGCAGUCCUAAGCAGUCAGCAAUGAACGUCGAGGUCAUUUCACACAGCGAGGGGAAUCGAUUUCGUCCCGAUCGCUUUUGAGUGCGUCACUUGCGCUGGUGUGGUUGCGUCCCGGGCGGUUGAACUUCUCCGAGGGGGUAGCUGUGUAGAUCGACGACGGGAGCUGGGGUCUGGCUGACAGGCGUGACUGUCCUACAGUUCCACUCGGGGAGGAAAGCGCAUCGCGCGUGUGGGGCACUGACAGCACAGACAGCAGCCCGGCUGAGCUCCCGGGGAACACCUGCGAGUCGGACUCGCUCGCUGGGUCUUCAGAGGAGCCGUUGUGUUUUCACACGUGAAACCAGCCCCUCUCAUCUCCAAAUGGGGGGGUCGGAGCGCCCCCUGGAGAGAAAAGAGAAUCAUGUCAAUUUGUAUCAAUGUUGCAAUCGGAUAACAACCAGCACAGGCGAAUGAAACUACGUGCCAGUUUUUUUUUUAGUUUAAACUCUUUGAAGAGGCGUUACUGCAUUUUUAUUCAAGGCUGAUUUCAUUGGGGGAAAAAAAGAUCUAAACGGUACGGUGGCCGGUAUCAGAGCGAAUGGUAGUUGUUAAAAAGAGCCAAUGAAGUGUCUUUGACGCAGGUGAAGACAACUUUGAGUUAAUUAAGGCUUGUAGUAGCCGAUUGGUGGAUAAACUGAUCUGGCAACCUAACGGCCAUAAAGACUGCGGAGACUUCCCCCUAUCAACAGGUGUUCGUGUUAUCAAGCAGUUUUCCGAGGAAGGAAUUAGGCUUGAUUCCGGCACAGCUCUUGUGUUUGUCAGGAUGAGGUGCAUCCAGGUGGUCUGGUUGAUGAUGACCGUUUUCCGGCGGAUGGGUUUGGGCGUCAAGCCAGGUCCCUCUGCUGUACCGGCAGAAGCCGGCCAUUCUCGCUGUACCGAAGAGUACAUGGAGGUGUCCGUUUCCCAGAAACUUCCCCUUGAUCAAGUCGCGAACAGCUCGCAGUGGUCGCUUGAAGUCCACGACGGCCGCCGCACCCGGACUCUGACCCUCAGCCAGGCCCGAGCGCAGGGCUACGAGCUGAGCACGGGGAAGAGGCAGACCGUGAUCAGAGCUUAUUACAGCGCAAAGGGCCUUCGCAUCUUCUCGAGACCCCAGAAAAAGAAGAGCUUGUAUCUUGCGGAUUUGCUGCUAAGAUGUGAUCUUGGUUAUACAAAACUUCAAAUGCCCAUCUUGUUUCUCUGCGUACCAGAGCCAGUGACCUGCCGAGAGACUGAUAUCAGGAUUGAAGUUCCAGCCUUCAAUGGGACGUUCCUCAGCAUGGCUGUUGAGGACCGGACCUACUUGGCCACUCGGAAGCAUCUGGAUGUUCAAGUACAGCGUCUAUGGGACACCCUGCGCCUGACCGUUCCAGCCUCCAGUCCGCUGGUACGGAGGAGGGACUGUGUGGAUGCUACCAGAAGAGGACAGCAGGUCUUUCUGCCAGCCGUCCAGCUUUCCUUUGCAGUGAGAGAGGAGGAGGCCACCAUGAUGGUCGAGCCUGUCUGCCCAUGCAAGAGGAAAGAGCCCUGUCCUGCAGGCCUGCUCUGCACGGAUGGCCACAGGGUCCAGGAAGUGUCUGCUAAUGGGAGUGAUCUUGCUCUGGACCUGCCUGCUGCUGCUGCUGCCCCCCCUGGUGAUCACCUUCGGGACAAUGCCACAGUUGGCAGCUCUGGAGACUCUAUACAAAUGGUGAAGGUCCAGCUUUUCUUCUGGACUCUUCCUUUGGAGUUGGUCCUGGUGGGCACAAUCUGCAUGGUGCACCUCCUGUUGCAUCUGUGGGUAGGAAGGUGAUGUGACUGUCCAGUUGCAUCCUGCAACACUGAUCUUCAUCGCGGAAGGGAGCCAGCUGAGAAACCCGAUUUGGAAACUGUUCACUGCUCUGAUUGCUGCAAAGGUGGAGAGUACAGACUGCUGCUAUGCUGUAUGUAAAGUAUAAUGUAUAAUAAAGUGUUUUUAUAAUUUUC